UAAAAGUCCCUCUUUGAAGCUCAUAUUCCCCUCCCAUUUUGCCGCCAUUGCUGCUUCCCAUCUCUCAAUUCAAAGUUUUUUUCCUUCAAAUUCCCUUUUCAAUUCCGCACAACUAAGACAAACCCUUUUUCCCCUUUCCGUUUCCUCCCCACAAAUUUUCUCUAAAAAUCCCCGCCUUUUCCUCCCCUCUGCUCGAAAAAGAAAAAAAUUAAAGUAGCAUUUGAGCCCUAAAAUUCCUCGAAUUUUGAUCUCUGUUUUUGUCUAAUUUUAUGACAUGGGUUUCUCCAAGAAGCAUCAUCAAGUCGAAUUGACCAAGGAAUCGGACGGCAAGAAAUGGGUCAUCGCCGGAAUCGCGAUACGGGCGCCGCUGAAGCCGGUGUCGACGAAGGUGAGAGACGGCGGCGACGAGGAGGAGGAGUCCACGACGCCGACGGCGCGUGAGUCGAGGAUACCGGAGAAGGCUUCCUGCCCGGCGGCGCCCAGGAAGCGGCGCCCCGCGUCGACGUGCCAAGUAGUGAGAGAGUUCUUCAAUCCGCCGGAUUUGGAAUCGGUCUUCAUCCGCCGCCGCGCCGAGAGCGCCAACUGAUGACUUUGUGAGAUGUUAAUGUUGCUGUUUUGGGGUUAGGGAAAUUUAAGGUUAAUUUCUUGCCUUAAUUUGGGGGUCUUCUUUUUCAAUAUUGUAUUACUAGUGGUUUUAACUUAAUUUAGAGUUUAGAUUUUGUCAGCGCUUUUGUAGUUUAGCUGUAGUUUUAGUUUUAGUUUUAGUUAGUUAGGCCGAUGUAUAAAUAUAAUGAUUAGUAUUAGUAUGAAAUCUUCUAUCUCCUUCUAGCGCAAAA